AUGCUGCCGUGUCUGAUCUGUGGCAGACUUCUAAGUUCCUCAGCCCAGCCUGGAUCAGAUGAUGAACUUGGCUCACUUUUCCAGCUUCUUGCUGUCAUUGCCCAGAUUCUUGAGUUAAUAGAAUGUCCCCUUUCGCCCCCUCGAGUCCUUGGCUGGAUCCUGGGUUCCCCACUCCACCCUUGCAACAGGCUGGAUGGAGCGGCCCGCUGCGCCAUUGCUGCGCUAGCAACUCUCUCCCAGCCCUUGCAGCUGAAUACCUCCCAAAAUGUCACUGUGUUCUUGACGCAUCUUUUCCAUAGAAACCCUGUGUCACCAUGGCGCCCCCUUGUGGCCUACUCACGCGUCGAGAGGAGCCAAGUAAGCCUGUUUCUGAGUUUAUUCUGGGCACCUAGCACAGUGCAUGGCUUGCAGGAGGCAAGCAUUCCAUUAACGUUUGUUGAACUCUUAAACUCUGAUCUGUCCCCAGUGCCACUAAAGAGCAUCUCUGUGACCUUGUCCAUACAAGAGUUUGUGGCUGGUGUGUCUGCAACCUUAAACUAUGAGAAUAAGGAGAGAGUUCCUGUGGAGGCCUUCUUUGUGUUUCCCAUGGAUGAAGACUCAGCUGUCUAUAGCUUUGAGGCCUUGGUGGAUGAGAAGAAAAUUGUGGCAGAAUUACAGGACAAGAUGAAGGCCCAUGCCUCCUAUGAGAAUGCCAUCUCUCAGGGCCAUCAGGCUUUCCUACUGGAAGAGGACGUGAGCUCCAGGGAUGUCUUCUGUUGCAAUGUGGGCAACCUCUAUCCUGGGUCAAAGGUGGCACUCACUCUGAAGUAUGUGCAAGAGCUGCCUCUGGAACCAGAUGGGGCCCUGCGCUUUGUGUUCCCAGCUAUCCUGAAUCCACAAUACCAUCUGUCCCGAUGGCCUGCGAACACAUGCCUUCAAAUUAAGGCUCCUAUAGUUGCUUUGGAUAACCUGCCCUACACGCUCAGCAUGACUGCCACUAUCAGUUCCCAGCACGGCAUCGAGAAGGUCCGGUCCAAUUGUCGUUUGACUCCUCUUGAAUAUCUUGGAAAUGGUAAAACUACUGCUCAGAUUUCCCUGGAUGGUGGGCACAAGUUUGAUCGAGACGUGCAGCUCCUGAUUUACUACAGUGAGGUGCACACCCCCCGUGUAGCUGUGGAACUGGGGAAACCAGAAACAAGUUCAGAUUGCUUUAUGAAAGAGCCAACUGCUAUAGUGAGUUUCUAUCCCAAUAUCCCACAAGCUCAGCCACCAGUUACCCGUGGAGAAUUUAUCUUUCUCAUGGACCGCUCAGGAAGUAUGCAGUGCCCUAUGAGUGAACAGGAUAAAUCCCAGUUGCGCAUAGACACUGCCAAGGAGACACUGAUUUUGCUGCUGAAGAAUUUACCUGUAGGCUGUUAUUUCAACGUCUUUGGAUUUGGAUCUUCCUAUGAGUCAUUCUUUCAUGAUAGUGUGAGGUACACUCAGCAUACCAUGGAAGAGGCACUGAGGAAAAUUAAUGUUAUGAAAGCAGACCUAGGGGGCACUGAAAUCUUGGCACCACUCAAUGCCAUAUAUGGGUCACCCACCAUUCCUGGCCACCCUCUGCAGCUUUUUGUCUUCACAGAUGGAGAAGUUAGUGACACAUUUAGCGUAAUUAGCGAAGCUAAGAGCAACCGCAAGAGGCACAGGUGUUUCUCGUUUGGUAUUGGAGAAGGUGUUUCUACUAGCCUGCUAAAAGGCAUUGCCCGGGCAACAGGGGGCACUUCAGAGUUUAUCAGUGCCCAGGACAGGAUGCGGUCCAAGGCUCUUUUGACCCUGAAGCGUUCUCUGCAGCCUGCGGUAGAGGACUUCUCACUAAGCUGGUGUUUGCCUCUUGGCCUGUCUGCUAAAGUGCUUUCCCCAGAGCAGCCAGUCAUCUUUAGGGGUCAGAGGUUAAUCAUCUAUGCCCAAUUAAUUGGGCUGAUGCCGCCAAAAGGGGCAAGAGGAGAAGUAUGCCUCACGUACAAACUUCAGGGCAAGAGUUUUGAGAAUAAGGUGACAUUUUCUCUACAUCCCAAGCCUGAUGCCAACUUCACCAUUCACCACCUUGCUGCCAAGUCCUUGCUCCAGUUAAAGGACAUGGGCUUCAGAGAGACUCCAGCAAAUGACAAAAAAGAAGUUUUGAAGAUCAGCUUUGAGUGUGGAAUCAUGAGCUCUCACACAGCUUUCGUUGCCAUCAACAAGGAUCUCAAUCAACCAGUUCAGGGGCCCCUGAUUCGUAGGGAUAUUCCAAGGCCAGUUCUGUUGGGUGCUGUCACUGCAAUGCCAAGAUACUACGGAGGUGCUUUCUUCCCCAACUUGGAAGCUUCAGAGAAUAGUCUGUCUGUUUUACAGGAUUUGGAUUCCUCAAGCUGGGCCACUGUCCUGGCUGUGCUUUGGCUAUAUGCCCAUGGUAAGGACCUGCAGUCUGUGUGGGACCUACUGGCAAGGAAAGCAAUGAUCUGGAUUCACGUUAAUAUAGGUAAGAGCUCAACCCUGAGACUCCUUCUCCUUUCCUUUGGGAACCUACCAUCUUCCCAGUAACAGAGCCUCCAGGCCUGAUAGAGGGUAAGAGACACAUAUAGUGCCCAUGGUCACAUCCCCACCACCAUGUUUGGUUUGGAGCUUAUUUUGGUUUCCAAGCUGGAUCUGUCCUUGACAGAAAUGGAUGUGUGAAAGUAACAUUUAAGACUGAAGGGUGAGAAAAGGUAGAGAGAACCAUGGGUGGGGGUGUGAGUUAUGAAAAGGACAUGAGUGGCAUUUAUUCUUAUCACUAUCUUGGCACCGAGAUGAAUAUAAGAUUGGAAUUGAAGCACUUACUCCUUGGGUGUAUAUCAUGGUACUGAGUAUCUCUGGGACCAGAGAAAAUUAAAGGAGAAACUGGGCAAUAGGAAGACAGAAGUCAGGAGAUUUGAAGGAAGGUAGUGGGAGAUGAUCAGGUUUAAGGGGGACUGGGAGAAGUAUCCACCACUGCUCUGCUUGCUCUGCCUUGACUCCCAAUUCACUGUUUCCCUCACAGGCUCUGCAGUGCAUCAGCUUAUUAGUGCUGCUAUUGGUCUCCUGAAGUCUCCUGUGAAUACUAAAACCUUAACCCACUGAGGAUACCAUCCAGGAACACAAGCUUGGCUACUGCCCCUUUGUUUACCCUCUCUUCUGCUGUGAUGUGUUUUUGUCUUUUAUACCGUUUCCAUCAUUUUCUCAUCAUAAAAGUAAAGGAUAGAUGCCCCACACUUCCUCUCUGUUCCAGGUUCCCUUAGAAUAUGAUCUUCCUGUCCCCCAUCAUGUCCACUUAGGCAAGUGCUGAAAACCCCAGAACUUGUUCCCUUUCUUGGAGGAGUUCAAAGCAUUCAUAGACAGUAAUGUUUCUCCCAACUUUUUCAGAGCAGCAAUGGAAAAAACAAAUGACAUGGACUUCAACUAAAGGUUACAGUAUUGAUGUUAAGGAAAGCCUAAAUUAGAGAUUGUUCUUCCUUGUACUUCUCUAUUCACGAGGAUCAGACUGGUGAGCCCUGAAGUUUUCCAUUCUUGGGAGGAGAGAUUGGUAGCAAAUAUCAGUACCAGUGUAGCCUCAAGAUCACAGAGAGAAAGAUUCAAGGGGUGUACUAUGACAGUUGGCACCGUUGGGGACCGUCUUGACUGUAUCUGCUUGGGUUUUGCUAGCCUAUACUACAUGCCUUUCCUCCAACUGCCUAAGAACUUUGAGAAAUACCAGUAGGAGACAGAUGUUUC